AUCACGACUGCAAACAUUCGUAUGACAAAAUAGUGAGGCUUUUUAAAAUUACAUAAUGUAUAGAUGGACGCGCAGUCUUCUCCGUGUUUCGUCUAAGACUUAACUGUCGUUACGGCAGCAUCCUACUCCGCCUUUUAUCUUACGUAACUAUUGUUCAGGUAACAUCUGAGCCUUUUUCUUAUCGGAUCUGAAAAGCAUACAAAUAUUUCCUUUUUUAAAUUUUGAUGGAGUUGGUGCCAAUUACUACUGGUCUCCUUGAUCUUUGAAUCUACUCCUAUUCUUUUUAUACACGCGGGUUUCCUGGCCAGGCUUUACCUCUGAAGGCUUCAGCUCCUGUUUGAGUGCCGGCCGGGUCUCCGCGGGCCCUGAUUCCACAAGGUUGCAGCAGGAAGGUGCUUUCACCCUUGUGGCCAGCGGCGGCUAUGUAUAAAAUAUGGCCGGCUGUUGGCGAGCUCCACUGCAGUCAGGGAAGCUCUUCUGGGCUUUUCUUGUGCUUUCACUGUGCGGACAAGGCAUCCUCUUGUGCCCUGAAGGAUGCCAUUGUGCCUGGGAGACUAAAACAGUGCUCUGUGCCAGAGUUGGCUUACGGCAGAUCCCGAUGGCCAUACCGCCAAACACGGUGGUCCUGCAUCUGGAAGGCAAUGAAAUCAGCUCCAUCCCAGAUGGCGUCUUCCAGAACCUGCCCCACUUGCGAGAACUUUACCUUUCUCAAAACCAGAUUGACAGCUUGGCGCCAGGAGCCUUCCGUCACUUAAGUGACGAACUCAAACUGCUUGAUCUCUCUGACAAUCGUCUUCAGCAAGCCAACCGGGAAGAUUUUGGACUCACCAGAGCCAAAACCAGGCUGUUCCACAACCCCUGGCAUUGCAGUUGUGCUCUUCAGGAACUGAUGGAGACUCUUAACCUGGAACCAGAGACCGUGAAUAGCAUUGUGUGCGAGAGUUCAGAACAAAGCAGUGAGCACGCAGGCCAGCCCCUGGUCAAACUAUUGGAUGCAGGUGUGAAUUUUUGCAGUCUGCAGCGCAAAACAACCGACAUUGCAAUGCUGGUUACCAUGUUCAUCUGGUUCACUAUGGUCAUCGCCUAUGUGGUGUAUUAUGUGCGACAGAACCAAGCAGAGGCACGGCGGCAUCUGGAAUACCUGAAGAGCUUGCCAACCCCUUUGAAGGGGGGCUCGGAGACAGACACACUCAGCACAGGCAUGUGAAGAGUGAUGGGUGAAAAAGGCAAAGGAAAAGCUCACGUAUAAAGUGAUAUGGGCCAGCAGGAAUGAACAAAUUAUUAAGCACUAAAAACAGACUUGUAACAAUUACCAAUGUGGCUGCAGAGACUGUUACAAAAGAAGUAUUUUAUAGUAGAUUUUUUUUUUAUUUUAAAAAACAGAGAAAGAGAACCUUUAGAGAAUGAGUAGACUGUGACCCUCUGACCACGGUCUCCAGUGCUCAAAAAAAGGCUUAAGAUACAUUUUUUCUUUUUUCCUACCUGCACUUACUACCUCAGACCCUUUUUAAAGUCAGUUAAUGCCCAACAUACCUUACUUACUGUGCUGAUGUAUGUAGAUGAUAGACUGAUUUAGCUUCUCUUGCUCCUUCUGUUUCUGUAUGAGAGAAAGGCUAUAAUUCUUCAGUAUGGUCCUAGUCAGAAGAAACAGGCUCUGGGGUUCUCCAUUUCAAAGUGGUGUAAAAAAGAGACAGCUCCUCAAAACUAGUCCAACAAAAUAGAAAGGCUGGGUUAGCGACUUCAUAUAGUCUAGUGUAAGGCAGCAUUAGCAUCUCUAGCCCAACUUGGUCUUCACCAAGAAGGGGGCUUAAAUUCUCUACUCAAUCUUUAAGUGUCUAGUCUGGUCUGGAAUACUGAAAGAGCACAUCCAGAUCAUCCAGUCCAACAUAGCAUCUCUACAGUUCAAACCUAUUUAGGGAAUAAACUGACCCAAAGUCUCAAAACUAAUGGUUUAGACAAGAGAAUGGCUUACCUUCAGAGAAAAAAAAAUGUUGAAUCACCUACCUGGUUUGAACAAUUAGGGAGCAAGUGGGGGAUGGACUUUUCAAACCCAGUUCAGGUUUUUCAAGCACAGCCCAGUUUAGAAGAAAGAGGCUGACACCUACUGGAAGAAAAGGCAGUCUGAGCCGCUGUAUUACAGUCUAAGUAGUCUCCAUAACCAAAUCUAGUAUACUUCAGAAGAAAGAAAAACAAGCUGAAAACCUUUUUGAUAAUUGAAACUCACAGAUGUCCCAAACCCGGCCCGGUAAAAACAGAGGUGGACAAGAUAACCUUUAUGCAUUAGGCCUCUUUUGAGGAAAGGACAACCAUAUUGUCUCUACUCUAGUUUAAACAAAAUGAGCCUUUUUCAGCCAGUUAAGUCUAGUAGAGGCGCAGCGUUCGCAUCUGCAACCUGCUCUAAUUGAGACAAACGCCACCAAUCUGACCGUCCUUGUCUUUAAAGAGUAACGUUGAGACUGGAAGAGAAGCAGACUGCCUCCCUUCCAAAUGAGUCAUUGAUCAGGAGUGGCAGAGCUUGUCUUUUCUGAACUCUCUGGUAUAGAAGUUGGGAUGGGACAAUCUCAAAAUUUCACAUUAUGAUUACAGUGACCAAAAUGAUAGUUGUUUUCGGUAUAAUCACAGUAUUGUUAAAAUGCUGAAACAGAUCAUAAACUGUUGUCAUUUAAAAAACAAAAAUUAAUUGUCUCACAUGCUUGAACUCUUGCAUACAUGGGUGGGGGCCUUUAACAAACACUAUUGCAUACCUUUAGAAACCCAGCAUAUAUUUAUAUAUAAAAUAAAGCCAUAAAUAACUGUAAAAUAACAACUUUUAUUGAAACAUCUUCCCUGAACACUUUGUUUUUAAACUAAAUUUAUAUAUAAUUACACAAUCACUGUCUGCUUCUCAGCACAAAAAUCCCAGACGUAUUACAUUUUUGUGAUUAUUGCAAUGUCGCUCCUGGCACACUCUUCAGCAGUCGAUUGUUUUGCAGUCUAGAGAUACUGAACAUACAGUAUGCAGCAACUUGUGUUUUUUGUCCACUUUUGCUUCUAUAAGAAGCGGUUUCAGGUGAUGUGGCUAGUGCCGUUUCACUCUCUGCAGCUGCCUGCCCCUUUCACUUUCAACUUCUUCCUCUUAUCUGAGCUCUGCCUCUCUACAAGAUUCAUGACCUGUUGGCAUAACAAGAGUCAAUUUGCACCAUGACUCUUCCUGAAUGGUGGUCUGCUGUCAAUAAGAGGAGCUCUUUCAAGGGCUUGCUGUGCUAAGAGGCAUCAUGGCAUGGCAUUUCUUUUCUUAUCUCUUAUCUCUCUAAACUGGUAAUGCCUACAUAAAAAGUAACAAGAUAGAAACAUCUCUCUAUUUAUAAAAAAAAAAAAAAAAA